AAAUGAUACUCCCUUUGUCCCGGAGUAUUCGUCAACUUUUGACUUUUGGAACUGUUCAUCUAAGCACUUUGACUCAUCAAAUUCUCUCAAUGUGUAAGCCUAAAUAUAGUCAUGUGUGAUCUUGUUUGAUUUGUCUUAACAUAUAGAUUAUUAAUAUAUAAUUUCUAUAAUUUUUUAAUAUACAAAUUACAAGAUAAAAUGGAUUAAAGAAGUGUAUUGGAUGGUGUGUAAAAAUGAAAGUGGACAAAUACUCUGGACGGAGGUAGUAUAAUAAUUGGGGACUAAAUUAGUAAUAUUUGAUAUGUAGGGACUAAAUAUGUAAAACGACCUAUAACUGGAAACUUUUGUGGAAUUUAUUCUUUGAAAAAGUUAAANGUGAAAGAAGUGUGAAUUUACAAUUUUAUUCGUGUUCUUAAUGAAAAUGUUAACAAAUGACCAUUCGUGAAAAAUGAUACUCCCUUUGUCCCGGAGUAUUCGUCAACUUUUGACUUUUGGAACUGUUCAUCUAAGCACUUUGACUCAUCAAAUUCUCUCAAUGUGUAAGCCUAAAUAUAGUCAUGUGUGAUCUUGUUUGAUUUGUCUUAACAUAUAGAUUAUUAAUAUAUAAUUUCUAUAAUUUUUUAAUAUACAAAUUACAAGAUAAAAUGGAUUAAAGAAGUGUAUUGGAUGAUGAGAAUCGCCAAAAUCGCUAGGUGAGAAUCCCUAGUGAUCGAUUAACAAAGUGUGAAUUUCCUUCUAUAAGAUCGCUAAGUAAAAUUGCUAGAUGAGAAUCGCUGGAUCGAUUAACAGAGUAUGAAUUUCCUUCUACUAGACCGAUCGGUGAAAUUGCUACAAAGGAAAUGGUAUUUUUAGCUGAGAAUCAGUCUUUCCUUCACGGUCUUUCCUUCAGGAGCGAUGGGUAAAAUCGGUCUUUCCUUUUACACUUGAGAAUCGACUCUUGAUCAACGAUUCCUGCUAUUGAUGAUAAUUAACACUCGAUUUGUUGUCAUGGCUUUCAAAAUCAUGCACUCUUUAUUGAAGAUCACUCCGAUCAGUGAGUGUUGGAGGAUUUUUGUUCGUGUGACACGAGUGUUAAUGUUAUAUGUUGUCGGUGUAAAAUGAUGACAAGGCAAUAAAUUCAACCGAGAUGGCAUUCAUCGACGAACACCUCAAAUAAGCCGGACAGUUUGCAUGAAGAUGGUACUUCCCGGAAAGAAACCUCCCCACCUUCCACCUGAUCAUUCCAUCAACUUUGAAGUUGAUCAUCACCAUCCCAGCACUCUCAUCCACAACGAGCUCCUCCCCGAGGUACGGUGGCAAGGACACAAACUUUCCACUGAGGAAAGGCGACCAAACAGUGAUGUCUUUGUGUCCUUGGUAAGACUCAGGGAGGGGAGCGGGGGUGGUGAUCUGCUGGCCUUUGUAGGCAGCGAAGACGAUGAGUUGGUCGUAGAACGCCCCUACGCGUGCGUUGGGAUUGGUGGAGACAAUCGUUAUCUGGAUGUCGGUUCUGACGUUGAGGUUCGGAGCGAUGAUGCCAGGGACAACUGUGGUGACGUUGAAGUCAUAGACGGUGGCGUCUUGGAGGACGAAGGCGGGUUUGGUGGGGCGAAGGAUGAGCCAAGUAAGAAAGAGGGCGAAGAGGACGAGAAAGAUGAAAACAAGGACACCGAUGAUGCAGAGGGUAAGAAGGACAGCAGGUGUCAAUACCUUCCACUUUAAAUUUUUGUUGGAAUUGUUUGCACCAUCCUCGUUCGCCAUUGUAUGGGUUGAUAAUUAAGUUCUUGAAUUUGU